AUGUCCGCUGGUUUUUUUGAAAGCGGAUGUGGGGGGGAGUGGGGCGCGCGUGCGUUCCACAAGCACUAUGUCCGAUCAUGUGAUCGGACAACACAGGAAAUGGUUAUUGAAUCCGAAGCAGGAAGCGGAUGUGGAGAGGAGUGGAACGCACGUGCGUUCCACAAAUACUACGUCCGAUCAUGUGAUCGGAAAAUACAGGAAAUGAGCAUUGAAUCGGAAAUUAUGCGUUCCACGGAUGAAACCGGAAGUCGACGCUGUGCGUUUCAUAGAUGA